GAAUAUUUGGUUGCCCAUGAUGGUUGGGCAAUCAGCCCUCAGUCGAGUUUCGGAGCUAGCUAGAUCGAGUCCAGGGGUUUAAAAUUGAUACUUCUGAACAAUGAAGUGGCUUCUUCUCUUUGCUUUGGUGCUAAGCAGCUCGGCGUUUGUCAAACGAGAUGUCGGUACCAACCUCUUCACGCCAGGAAAGGAAUUCAUUUACGGUUUUACAAUCUUGUCCCUAGUUGGAUCUGAUGACUAUGUCAAGAGUUCUAGCACAUUUAACAUUAGUGGGGAUAUACAUAUCUCUUCCAACGGAAAUGACAUUAAUGUCAAAUUGGAUGACAUUACGUUCGGAACCCACAAUGGCCAGUUUGAUUCUCCAAACUAUCCGAAGUUCGCGAUGAAGGCGUACAACCAGUUGAAUCCUUUGUCUGAACCUUUCUCUGUACAAUUUACAAAUGGCGUGGCUAAGGGAAUCGUCCUUGACAAAAAUUCUGAUGAAUGGGCCAAGAACAUCAAGAGAGGUAUUGCCUCCUCCCUUCAACUUGACCUUGGUAAAAUUGAUAUCAAGAAAUCUAAUAGCUUCGUCACUGAGGAGAGUGGAAUUUUAGGUCGAUGCAAAACGGAUUAUGUCAUCAUACCAGGGGAAGAUGACAACCGUGUACUUCGAAACAAUGCCCAAGUUCGUAAAUUUAGGUCCCACGCACAAUGUGAAGAUCCUCCUCGCCGAUUCCGUAAACCUGGCAUGACUAUCAAGUAUUGUCCAGAGGUUUACUCAAGGGAUGUUUUGAACUCAACCUCGUUCUCAGUCUAUGACUUGGAAAUUCAGGAGGGAAACUUGGUCGCAAAAAACAUUCAUGUUGGAUCAUCCGUCGCCUACAUGAUUUUUGGUGCAGAUGGACACAGCCAAUCUUCAUUCACUAUUAUGAAGAUGAACUUGAAAAGCUCCAACUCUGGAUCCGUUCCACCCCCAUCCAAUCCCAAAACUUUCAACGAUUUGAAGUUCGUAUUUGAAAAUGAUGUCAAGGAAGAUGAGGAUCUCGGCAAUCCAGUGCCCUUCUUUUUCCAUCACAAAGGUCUUGAUCUUGAUUCUGCUGGACAAACUAAGGCUGCAGAUCAACUCCUUACAAAUAUCAAAAAGAUGCACAAUAGUUUCGACACUGCAGAGCUCUACAAGGACGUCAAGGAAUUCCACAAAGUAAGCCCAUUCUCUCUCCUGCCUUUUGUCUCGGCUUUGAACUACCAACAUAUCAAGGAUACUUACGACAACAAGGUGAAAGGAGGAGAUGCUACAGAGGAAAAAAUGUUCUUGGACGCACUUGCUAUUUCCGGAACUGGCCCCGCUGCCCUUGUUCUUCGUGACAUUGCUGCUAGCACAUCCGACAGUAUCUUCCUCACUCGUAACAUUGCCCCCAUGGCGCACUACAUCCGCAAUCCAACAGAAAAUCUUAUAAAGGAGCUCGAGGGACUAAUUAAACCUGAAAAUACUAAAUACAACUCACGUAUUAUAGAAUUUUCUUUUGCUUCCCUACUGGGGCGUGCUUGUAGGAAAACAAAUUGUGAAAGGACAGGACUUUUGGAUAAGUGGGUUAAAUAUUGGUCCGACAAUCUUGACUCUGGAUCUAGUUUUGAUGUAAAGACACAAGCGAUUCUGGCUCUCCGUAAUGUGAACCAUUUCAAAGCGGCAGAGAAAUUACUACCGAUAGCUGUUGACAACAAACAAGAACGGUCAAUUCGUACUAUGGCUAUCUCUGGAAUUACUCCGCUUCUUAAGAAAGAUCCUCUCGUUUUCAGGAAGAACAUCCUCCCCAUAUUUUUCAACAGACAAGAAGAUUCUGAAACUAGAAAUCUUGCUAUUCUAUGGACCCUAGUAUCAUACCCUGAGGAGAACACUUUCCAACAAAUUGGAAUCUAUAUGUGGACAGAGAGGGACCCUGAAGUGAAGAACUUUGUUAUAACCCUAUUAAAAAGCCUUUCUGGAACGACCGACCAAUGUUUGAAGCUCCGUUCAUCUUGGGCUAAAACUGCCUUGAGCAUGAUGGGACGUACUGAAACGAAAAGCAAACAUUCUGGCAUCUACAUUAGCGACUACUACGACCCGCAGUACCAUUUCGCCCAUCUCACUACUCUGAAUGUCCAGAAGAGUGGGCAUAGCAUUCUUCCACAAACGGUAUAUUUCGGAGUCAAGAGUUCAGCAGGAGGUUACGCUUCCAAGUAUCUCUCUAUCUUUGUUCGAUUGGAAGGCCUCGGGAAAUCCAUUUCCUCGCGAAUCAUGUCCAUGAUCACUGGUGUCAUUGAUUUUGAUGAAAUCAAGGAUAUUUUUAAUAAAAUUGGGGUUCAAGAACGUCAAGCUGAUCCACUCCGAAUUGAAAUUUGUGUAAUGCUUCACGAUCGAUUUGUCGCUUAUCACGCUGCUGAUGAGAAAACUAUUACCACAAUCCCACAAUUAAUGAAGAAACUUGGAGAACUCAGUAAUGCUGCUUACGAUAAGGAAUUCUCCAAGAUGAUUCUACUCGGUGGGGUCAUGACCGAACAACCAAAUGAGCUUGGCAUUCCAGUUUCAACUAUUUCUGGGGUUUCCACUAUGGCCAAACUUCACGCUAAGGUUAAAUCCGACAAAUCGGGAACAACAAUGAAUCGCAGCUACGAAGUUCAUCUUGGUCUAAAUGUUCAUGGAAUCAGCUCAGUCAAUAAUCACAUGGCACCCUUCGGUACUGCACAUUCCGUUGAGGCCUUGAGAACCUUAAGGAUCCGUAUCCCACGCAAGAUCACAUUCGGGCUUGAUGUCAAGCAACAAUCCAUCAACUUUGCUAUUUCUGCUCCUACUGAAGAUGAUCCAAUUAUGGCUCAAGUUCAUGCAACUGCAGUCACUUCGAUUCACUCUGAUACCCCGGCUACAAUGAAUGACAACAAAAUUGUCGACCUUCUUCAUGAAAGUUGUCCAUUGUGCAAGGGAAUGGAAGUCAUUUCCAAGGGGGAGAAAUUCCGUGAGGAAAGGAGAUUAGGAUCAGGAUACAAAUACAAAGCUUUGGAAGGAGUUAACAUUGGUGGCAAGUAUUUCGACUGCGAGAAGGUGCAUUCCAGGAUUCAUGUUCUUCGACAGUUGAGGAAAUUUUAUGGACCCGAGUUCAAGAAUCUUGGCGGCCGAGCUGGACAAUCACUUACACUUUUACGUGUAGGAACUAGAUACAUGAUGUCCAGUUUAUUUUUGUCCCCAACUACAGAGACAUGUGGAAUGAAAUUUUGGUAUCAUAAAGAUCUAUCUGCCACAUCCGUCUUCGACAAGGUUGAAGGUCAAGCUAAGGUCAAAUAUGAGGAAGAUCCCAAGGACAAGCUCGGAAACAAGCUUAUGGCAAAGUCCUCCCUUACCUUCACGUACACGGGAACCACCCCCAAGACCCGAUCCCUCGACAUGACCCUUACCCUAGUUAAGACUGGUUUGGAGAAGAUUGAAGUCAAGACCAAGUUGGCUGCCAAGGAUGAUGCCCUCAACAAGGGUGGAGUCGUUUGCAUUGACAUCGCCGCUACUCAAGCCAAGGUUUCCGAUUUCUUUGACUACAAUGGCGAGAAUGAACCAACCUACGAGCGAACCAUUAAUGUCGCCUGGUCCAAGGACAUUUCUUCCAAGGAUGCUAGCUGCCCCGCAAACUCUGCUGGAAUCAAGAUCACCAAAAAAGCUCACCGUUCUCAAGCUCAAAAGGAUGAAGCUCAAAGUGACGCCUGGCCAUACAAGCAAUGCCGUGAUCAAAAGAGCUCCCCCAAGUACCCUGGAGACCUUACCCCAGCCACUGAACCCUGCCUGUGGGCGGCUUACAAACAGACCAACCUUCGUGAAUCCAACGUCACCAUCAACUACAAGGUUGACCCAGAAGCAAGAAACCGAUGGAAGUACCCUGGAGCACUUGUUGCUGCUGCCCUUAUGCCAUACUGGGUUCCCUCUGACACUGUCGAUGGUCAUGCCGCUCAUGGUGAUCAUGGAGUUUCUGCUGACGGACACCUUCAAGGCGAACUCAAGCUUGAUGUGACCAUGGAUGAUGAGAAUCCAGAGGCUGACAUCCACUGGCACGGAUCUGGUGGCGAGUCUGAACAUUUCCACGGGGUCGACCUCAACUUCCUCCCAGGACCACUUAAGCGCCCAGUUCACUCCCGAUUCUCUGGAUUGAUGUAUAAGGCUUUCGAAUUGGGAGUUUACGGUUAUUGUGAUGUUACUCCUCACGCCGUCCAAACUUACGACAACGCUACCUACUUUGCCGAUCUCUCCGAAUGCUACACCCUCGUCUCUGGAGACUGCUCUGAUAAGCCACGAUUCGUCGUUCUUGGAAAGAAAAUCUCCAAUGACAAGCUUGGCCUUAAGAUUAUGGCUGGUGAGCACAAGGUUGAACUCAACGACAUGAACAAUGUCAUUGUUGACGGAAAAUCUCAAUCCCUUUCCGACAAGCUCAUUUUCCCCGAAGGAGAUACCAAGAUCUUCAAGAUCUACAAGCACGAUGACAACAAUGUGUUCCUCUUGUCCAGACCAUUGGGACUUGCCAUCCGAUACACCGGUCAUUACACAACGGUCACGAUCGGAAGCCGUUUCCGAGCCCAACAGUGUGGUCUUUGCGGCAACUUUGACGGAUGCCAAAAGAAUGACUUCACUGGUCCAGCCACGACCUGCAAGAAUUUGCAACCAACUGACAUGACCAAAGCCUACAUUGUCCGCGAAGGAAGUUGCGCUGGUGUCGGAAGCGUUUGCCCCAGCAGUUAAAUUAAUCUGCCGACAACAACAGCAUCAUGUAUUAUUACUUGUACCAAUUUAACUACCCAAAAAACUUGUCUAAAUUUUUAACAGCUUAAUAAAUCGGAGCGAGACAAGGACUCCCCUUCAGAAUAUAUUGUUCUGGUUAAAAAAAUA